AUGAUACCAAAUACAAGAACAAAAUAUAUAAUGAAUAUAAAACUGAUGAAGUUGACCGGAUUAUAUCAAUUAUUGAACCCAGACACUCCAAAAUCAUUCGGUUGUAAUAUUUUCAAGCUAGGUGGAACUCUUGGAGCAAUAUUUCUUGUAUUAACAUUUCUAAUGUGUAAUUUAAGUAUAUACUAUUCUCUAAACGAUUUUACCGAAGCCGUAAAAUAUUUCAUGUUAAUAAUUGCGACAGUAUUUGCAUUGACCAAAAUGAGCUUUAUAGUUUUAAAUUCAAAUGCAUUAUGGAAUUUAAUCAGCUUCACGUCAAUAGAUUAUUUUACAUACAAAGACCAACCAAAAUAUAUGCUAAUUUAUGCUCGAAAAUUGUCGAUAUCAAUCUCAAAUAUUUUCACAUUGUCUUGGAUUGUAGUAAUAUCAGUAUGGGUUUUAUCUCCAAUUGUAAUUAAGGACAAUUUUAUGAACGUUAAAUCCAAAGAUGAUACAUACAAUCAAUAUCGAUACAACAUGCUCAAUUUAAUAUUUCCAGUAUCAGCUCAAUUUUAUAACAACAAUUUUAUAGUGUUUUAUUUACUUGAGUCAAUAGCAUUAAUAGCUUAUGGUUAUUCCAUGAUGGUUUUUGAUAAUUUGGUGGUUUCUUUGUGUAUAACAAUCACAUACCAGUUAAAAUCGAUUGCAUUAUCAUACAGUACACUAGGUUAUGAUAAUAUCGACAUCGAUUUUAAAAGUACUGACGUGGAAAACAAAUCAUUAAAUGAAAGAUCAAAUGACUACAACGGCUUAAUAUUUAUAAUUCAAGAUCAUCAAAAAUGUAUAAAGACAAUGAACGAAGUUUAUAACGUGUUGCGUCCAAUUUUACUUUUUCAACUGUUGGCCGAAUCAACAUUAAUAACCGUACAGCCCUUUUUAGUUAUAUUGAAUAUCAAUAAAGGGCUUUCACCGACUUCGCCGGAAAGUAUUAAAUUAAUAUUAUCUGCAUUAACAAACAUGGUUCACUUAUUUUCAACUUGUUAUUUAUUUACUAUAAUUAAUAAUCGUAAAUACGAUAUUAAUUUUGCCUUGUAUAGUUGCAAUUGGACAGAAAAGAACAUGAUGUUUAAGAAUUUAUUAUUAUUUUCAAUGCAAAUUAAUAACUCGGAAAAGUUGAAACUAAAAGCGUCUGCACAAAUGAUAGUCAACUUACAACUGUUCACAAAAGUAAUUCAAACUACCUACAGUAUAGCGUCAGUUCUGGUAAAUCAUUACAGAUAG